UUAAAUAAGUUUAAUCAUAAAGUAAAAACCAAGUAACAAGUGAUAAGUUUAAUUUAUUGAACACCUUCUAAGUCAGGAGACAACGACUUCUAAUAGUAAUCGUGUACUGCCACUUGCAUAGACCAAAGAUGAAAAAGGAAAAAAGAUAUUUUGAAUGAAGUGUUUAUACAACACAAUAGGUGAAUGUGUUUACAGCCUGCAACUAAAUUCAAAUGCCUUUUUCACUUUUAAAAUCUAGACGGAUUUGCAAUAAAUAGAUGCUAAAUCAUACAGCAGAGUAAUGUAACUAGUGCUUGGCUUUCUCAGAAAUGGCAUAUGAUAUAAAUGUUUAAUUAAAAGAAAUUUGUUUUCUUCCCCAAGAAACUGAUGAUGAAGCCAUAAAUGCAGAACUCAUCUUCUGAGUCUUGAGUGUGUUUUCAUUUCCAGACUUGGGUCGCAGCACAAGUGAGAGAUUUACUCAACCUUCUGUUCCUUUCCCCUCUAAUAUUUUCAACCUUUUCAUAUGGGGUUUGUAGAGUUUCAAAGCUAAACUAAUGACCCUUAAUUUUCCUGGUGCAGAUUUGGUUGCUAAGUAGAUAACGGAAGGAGAUGAUGGCAAGUGAGGUUGAUGAUAAUAGAGGUAUUCAGAAUGAGGUCUGUGAAUCUGGUUUGGGUUCUCACAAAGUUGCAGAUGCAGAUUUGGACGAUGAUGGCAGACCCAGAAGAACUGGGUCUCUGUGGACAGCAUGUGCACUCGUAAUAACAGCUGUUAUAGGCGCUGGAGUGCUCUCUCUCGCCUGGAGCCUGGCGCAGCUUGGAUGGGUUGGUGUAUCAGUUCUUAUAAUAUUUGGCAGCAUCACAUUCUACACUUCCAAUCUCUUAGCAGAAUGUUACAGAUGCCCAAUCACUGGCACGAGAAACUAUACUUAUAUGCAGGCUGUCAAAGCCAAUCUAGGUGGAAAAAUGUAUAUGGCUUGUGGGUUGGCUCAAUACAGCCUCCUAAUUGGACUGGCAAUAGGCUAUACCAUCACUGCAGCAGUAAGCAUGGUGGCUAUACAGAAAUCGAAUUGCUUCCACAAAAGAGGCCAUGAAGCCCCUUGCGAGGUUUCGGAUAAACCAUACAUGAUAGGGAUGGGACUCUUUGAAAUCGUGGUGUCUCAGAUACCGGAUAUUGGUGAAAUGUGGGGGUUGUCUGUCAUAGCAACAGUUACAUCUUUCGGGUAUGCCUCAAUUGGAGCUGCACUCGCCUUUUCAACUGUCAUCUCAGGGCAUCGAAAGAGGACCAGUGUGACUGGUGUUGAGGUUGGGCCGGGCAUAACUGCAGCUCAGAAGAUGUGGAGGAUGUUCAGAGCAAUUGGAGACAUGUUGUUAUGCAGCUCAUACUCUGCAAUUCUGCUUGAAAUCCAGGAUACAUUGAAAUCUUCAGGGUCAGAAAUCCAAGUAAUGAAGAAGGCUAACAUGAUAAGUGUGUCAACAACAACCUUAUUCUACUUGAUUUGUGCUUGCUUUGGCUAUGCUGCAUUCGGGAACAACGCCCAUGGCAACAUGCUAACUGGCUUUGGAUUUUACGAGCCCUUCUGGCUCAUCGACUUGGCCAACACCUUCAUUGUGAUGCACCUUGUGGGAGCAUACCAGGUGAUUUCACAACCAGUGUUUGGUGCAGUUGAAUCACAGAUGAGAAGGUGGUGGCCAAGGUCCAAGUUUGUAAUUGCUGAGUACCCCAUAAGAACUGGGAAGAAAAACUUCAACAUGAGUAUCAAUUUGUUAAGGCUGACUUGGAGAAGCAUGUUUGUAGUGAUUAUAACUUUGCUGGCUUUGGCAUUGCCAUACUUAGAACUGGGAAGAAAAACUUCAACAUGAGUAUCAAUUUGUUAAGGCUGACUUGGAGAAGCAUGUUUGUAGUGAUUAUAACUUUGCUGGCUUUGGCAUUGCCCUACUUCAAUGAAGUGCUGGCACUGCUUGGGGCUAUUAGUUACUGGCCACUGACAGUUUACUUCCCAGUGAAUAUUUACAUUGUGCAAAAGAAGAUCAGUCGAUGGACAAUUAGGUGGUUUGGGCUGCAGUCACUGAACUUUGUGUGUCUGCUUGUGGCCUUGGCUGCAGCCUGCGGCUCCAUUGAAGGGUUUGCUGAGGCUCUCCAUAUCUUCAAGCACUCCUAAUUAAACAAUAAUGCAA